GAAGUGCAGCACGGGAGGGCGGAUCAUCUAGGUGGAAGCGACACUCGGAGACUCCCGAAAAAGCUAACAGAAAAAGUCAGCAAACGAACCAUGGACCUGAGUCUGAGCGAUGCUCUGACAGACAGUGUGCCCCAGGCGGACCCCGAGGGCCUGGUGGAGAGGGACUUUGUGUCCCAGCUGGAGGCCGAGCCGUUUGACGACCAGGUGGGGGAGACAGUGGGCAAGACGGACUACAUCCCCCUGCUGGACAACGACGACACCAGGGCAGAUGCUGACCCUGUGUUGGAGAAUGGCGAGCAGGAUGCCCAGGGGGCACAAAAACCCGGUUCUAAGGUGACGCCUGGGGGACAGAUAUCAGCGGCGCGCCCAGAACCACAGGGAGAAGUGCGGGCUAACUCGACAGAGCAGCAGGUCUUUGCAGCGACCGACUUCCUUACAGGUUCCAUGGCAGACUACCCUGAUCAGUGGAGCUCUCAGCCCAACAACCCAUUGCAGACAACGGACAGUGCACUGAUGGGAAGUCUCUCAGGUUUCUCCCAACCUACCAUGGGGCUGAAUAUGGACAUAGGGGCUGCUCCACUAUCGGCGGACAGGCCCCCCAGCAUCGCUGAGCCCCAGAAGCCCCCAACUCCGGCAGCCAAGACACACACGGACAUGUUUGAAGGUGCCCUGGGCGAAAGCUGGCCGGACCAGGCUUGCAUUCCCACCGACCUGCCAUUCACCCAGAGUGUCUCCACGGUGAUCAGUCGCCAUGCCAGCCACCUGGCGGCCAGCCCAGAAGACGCCCCCGACUCCGGCUGGCCCCACCAGGAGGCCUCGGCCGGUGGGGAGGAGAGGGAGGGCUACGAAGGAAACGACAGCAAACAGCAGCAGCAGAAGAAGAAGAAGAAAAGAAGGCCCAGGGACGAGCUGCACGACCUGGGGGAGAACAGGGGUCACCUGGAGGCUCAGGCUGAGAACAUAUCCCCGGAGGGCCACCACAGGGUCUCCCCCCGCAAGGACCGGGUGGAUGGGGGCUGGGAGCGCGAAGACCCGGGGAGAGUCGGAGGCAGAGGAAAGAAGAGCAAGAGCAGGAAGAAGCUUCCAGAAGAGUGGGGGGUCACUCCUGAGCCAUUGGUGCCAUCCUUAGUUGCUCAGCUCCCCAAGGGUGUGUUAGACCAGCUAGUACCCGACACCGCCCCCGCCCACACCCAGCCCCCGGAGAACCCUUACUCCAGCAUGUCUAACCGGGUGCUGAGUCCUGCCACUGAGGAGUUCUACCCAGACGAAGGCCUCAUUCCUCCGUCUCUUACCCAGGACCUGCUUAGUCUCACUACCCCCGCAGCCCCACCCACGACCCUGGACUUGUCGUCCGAGGACAUCUUUCCCACGGCCCCCCGUCCGUCUGACCCGUUCACCGCCAGCUACCAAGACCUACUCAUGGAUGCGGAGAACGCCAACGUGGGCAAGGCUGUAGAGGCCUUCUCCCCGGCCUUCUCCCUGGACUCCCCGGUUCAUCAGUCGGGGGUCACAGUCAUGUUCGAUCAGGACGCCUCAGUUCAGGAUGUCCAUAUGAAAGAUGAUCUGAGCACCCAGCAACCGGAUUAUGGCCUGUCCCCAUUGGUGAAGCUCAGUGGGCUCACGGCGACCGCUCCCCCGUUCUCCCCCUCCGAAAGCUCCUGGCUCCGUCAUGACUCCCACUUCAGCAACAACAACGACUCCUUUGAGUUCAGUGACAUCACUCCCGGGCCAGUGAGCCUGGCCUUCGACACACCGAGUCCAGCCCCGCUCCGCUCCCCCAAAACCAUACCUGAAUUCCACCCCAGGGAGGGCAAAGACGCCAAAUCCCCCUCACAGAAGAUACCCAAGAAGUCCCGAUCAUCCUCCUCAUCCUCUUCUACCAAAAGUCCGACCUCCCCAGGGAACUCUGGUCUCAACCCGGCUGCUAAGCCAUUCUUUCCCAGCUUCGCAGAUUCCUCAGAGCCCCCCACCGCGUUGGUGACCCCCAUGUCUGAAGCUUCCGCCGAGACGACUGCGACGGUCAAACUAGAGAAAGAGGAAAAGAUUGACAACUUCCAGAAGUUUGACCAAUAUGACAUGUUCAAUAAGCUGGAGAAAGUAGAGGAGAAGGAAACUAAUACGAAGACUGAGGCCUCGGUGAAGGUGGAGUAUGCAGAAAAAGGAGAGACAGCAGUUAAAAUCGAAAAGAUUGAGACACCAGAAAAGCUGUUGACGACCGAAAAAGCGGAAAAGGUGGAAAAAACUGAGAAAUCUGAAAAGAUGGAUAAAAUGGAGACACCAGAAAAGUUAAAGCCAACUGAUGAAGCAGAAAAGGUAGAUAAGUUGGAAAAAACAGACAAAGAAGAAAAAUCUGAGAAGAUGGAUAAAACUGAGACACCAGAAAAGGUAAAGCCAACAAAUGAAGCAGAAAAGGUAGAUAAGUUGGAAAAAGCAGACAAAGAACUAAAAUCAGAGAAAAUGAAUGUAGUUCAGAAGACGGGCAUUGCAGAGAAAACCAACAAAGUAGAGGAGAUGGACAAGGUGGAAAAGCCCGAGAUGAUGGAACAAAACGAACAAAAUAUUAGGAAAUUGGAGACCCCAGAGAAACAGGAGAAAUCUGACAUGUUUGACAAGAUGGAAACACAGUCUGACAAGGAGAAGACAGACCAUAUUGGAACAGUAACAGUAACAGCUGAGAAAGAAACAGACAAAUCUGAGAAGCCUACAGACAAAUUGGAAAAGGAGGAGAUGAAGCCAGAGAAAACGGUGCAUGCUGAGGAAUCAGAGCAUGCACAGAAAACAGAGCAUGCACAGAAAAAAGAGCAUGCAGAGAAAAAAGAGCAUGCAGAGAAAAAAGAGCAUGCAGAGAAAAAAGAGCAUGCAGAGAAAAAAGAGCAUGCAGAGAAAUCAGAGCAUGCCGAGAAAUCAGAGCAUGCCGAGAAAUCAGAGUUGGCAGAGAAAAUAGAGAAACAGGUUAAGGUGGAAAAAUCAGAAACACAAGACCUAAAAAGUCCUGAGAAAAAAACUAACAAGAAAGCAGAGACCGCUGACAAGGCCAAAAAAGUGGAGACCGCUGACAAGGCCAAAAAAGUGGAGACGGCUGACAAGGUCAAAAAAGGGGAGACAGUUGACAAGGUCAAAAAACCUACAAGUAAACCCUUGACCAAUGGGAGUAGUGCUGCUCCAAGCAAGGACCUGCCCAGUCCAGACAAGAAGACCAAGCCAGUCGCCGGGGCAACCAAACCGAGCGCAGCAAAGCCGCGGCCGAGCUCAGCAGCUUCUACCGGUGCUGCCAUGCCCAAACGCCCUACCCCUUCCACCGCUUCCACAACCACUGUCACCUCAGCCCCCCUCACCAAAAAAACCCCCACACCCAAGGUCCCGACCCCCGGCGCUGGCACCAAGCGGCCUUCGUCCGCAGCCAGCCGUCCCUCAUCCGCCGCCGCCACCACCUCCACCUCCACCACAGUGACCCGUGAGGUCAAGCCCAAGACGACCACAGAGAAGCGUCCCCUAGUGCCAAAGGUCACCGCCACCUCCACGGCUCGAGGUGCCGCUGCCGCCAAAACCGCCACUGCUACCACGGCAACUAGUAAACCAGUCACGGCAACUCGCGGGCCCCUCUCAUCCCGCCCCGCCACCAGUCGCCCACCGGCGAUGAAGACAGACAGCAAGCCAGGAGAAGAGAAGAAGCCAAGCGCUCUGAAGCCAACAACCGCCGACUCUACCCGGCCAAGGCCUAGCACCAGCCGCAGCUCCAUAACCAGCCCCACCAGCACCGCCCCCCGUGUCCGCCCCACUGCCGCCAAGCCAGCCUCCUCUGCCUCCUCCUCCACGGUACCAGAGAAGAAGCCCACUGUGCCCCGAGUCCCCCGUCCCAACUCCGCCACCACCUCGGCCAGCGCCGCCCGGACUGCCUCCCGCCCAAACCCAGUGGCCGCGCCAGACGUCCGCAACGUCCGCUCCAAGAUCGGCUCUACGGACAACAUGAAGUACCAGCCUGGAGGGGGGAAGGCUUCUGGCAGGAGCGACGUCCUGACAACAGGCUCCUCCUCUAAAGAGACUGGCCAGGCCAAAGUUCAGAUAGUCUCCAAAAAGCUGGACUUCAGCCACGUCACCUCACGCUUGGGGUCCAAGGACAAUAUCAAGCAUGUUCCUGGUGGAGGGAAGGUUCAGAUACUCAGCAAAAAGGUGGAUCUAAGCAAGGUGACAUCAAAGUGUGGCUCCAAGUCCAACAUCAAGCACAAGCCUGGGGGUGGCGAUGUGAAGAUUGAGUCCCAGAAGGUCAACUUCAAGGAUAAGGCCAAGUCCAAAGUGGGCUCAAUGGACAAUUUGUGUCAUGAGCCCGGUGGCGGUAACAUCAAGGCUGAGGGGGCCCAGGAGACAACCGAGGGGAAUGGGGAUCCCCCCAGUGAUACCCCAGCCCAAACCCCAGUCCCAGCCACGGUGCCAGGGCAGGAAAGCAGUCCCACCCAGGAGAAUGGGGUGAAGGAGGCUGUCCCCUGCGGGAGCACAGGCUUCCAUGACCCCCAGGGCCUGGACUCACUCAUCCCUGAGACAAGCUUCUAAUUCUUCUUUGUGCUAUCCCUCUACCCUCUUCAUCUCCCCCCUCAACGACCUCUUACCCUCCACUGUUCUCCCACUGUUCUCCCACUGUUCUCCCUCUGUUCUCUCUCUGUUCUCCCUCUGUCCUCUCUGCUCCUAUUUUAUUUCCCUUUCUUCCAUUCUCCUUCCACCCUUCCUGCUGCAGAUUGAGUCUUUCAAGCUCAACUUCCGCGAGAACGCCCGCUCGCGCACGGACCACGGCGCCGACAUCAUAACCUGGCCAGCCCCAGGCGACUGACCCUCACACCCGCAACUCAGUGUCUUUCUCCCCGGUGUCUGCCCCCACCCCAACCCCCCGACCCCGGCACGCUAGCAGGGACUCCCGGUCGUGACCCUCGACCCUGAUCCAAACACCUCCGCCUUCCUAUGGACUUAUUCGUGUAUCAUUCUGUUUUUACGACUAUCCCCGCGCUACCCUCCACUGUCCCGUGUUCCCAUUGGAUGAGCUAACAUUGUACAUAUUUCUAGACCAAGCUUCAGGCGGGGUGUGAUCGCAGUGGGAGGGGAAUGGCGACUCGCCAUGUUCACUCUGUUUCAUGUGGUGAUGUUAACAUUGUAUCAGUGUGCUCCGAGGGCUCUCCUAAGAUCCUGGUUUCCACUGGUCUCUCUCGUAAGGUGGUGGGAGGGAUGUUGGGCUGUGUUAUAUAUGACCCUUUCCCCUCCUCGCCUCCGACAACAGCACUCAUUUCAGAUCGUGUUUCCUCACCAGUCCUAGAGCAUAACCUGGCAGUACAGUAGCACAGUUCAGUCUUAUCCAUUAACACCGUGGUUCCGCUUUAGUGAGAGCAACAUCAGCCCUGAGCUCACCUGUUGUAUUCGCACAGACACUUUCCAAUUGGACAGCUUACGGUCUCCCUGCGGCUUAGGUAUGCAGAGUAAUAUGUGUGUAGCACCUCUUCACCUGUGACCAUGUAGGGCUGACAUGUGUUCCCAGUAAGCAUUGGUUAUUUACUCGCUAUUCACAAACUCUCCACUCCCUCAUAACCAUGUAUCCACAACCUGCUUUAUUCACUGUCCACCGUAAAGCACUCAGUAAAAUAUAGGAAACGUGUUGAGUCAUUGAACAAUAGGCUAUUUAACUCUCUGUGUUUGUGACAGUGUGUGUGAGUGGAUUAUACUGUAAAAUUGAGCUGUGGUGUUCUGGUUAGUUUUUCUCUCUCUUGACCUUUCAUUUUCUUUAUUGGUUUCACGUAAUUCUUUUAAUUUUUUUUUUAAAUAGUUUUCUUCUUUCACUUUUUUCCUCUUACAAGCAAUACAGUGCAUGGUCUCUACCGAUAGAACUGAGAAAUCCUCUUGAAAACACGCACACUUAUAUUUUCCCCCCAAAAAAAGGCACACAGUCAUGAGAUUGCAACUCUGAUUUGGGCUUUGAGUCAGAGAAAACAGGUCAAGGAUGUGAUGAGGGUAGAUGAAGAUAUAGACAGAUAAAUUAGAAAAAUAAGGCAUAUGAAAACUCAUAUCCAAUUAUAAUAACAGUGUCAGAAAGGUACAAUCUGGGAAAGUUUUAGAAAUGAAUACUUGUAAGCUUGAUAUUUUAUUUGGAAUGCUGUACAAGGGAGUCGUGUGAAGAGGAAUUAUGUGAAAGUGUCUUGAAAGUUGGCGGGGCUGUGUGUCUUCAAUGUGCCUCCUGUUCUGACUGGGGAUGGUCUACCGGAAAUAUACCUGAAACUGGGGUCCGACUUCUGGAAGAUAAAGAUAGUAGAACCUUGUCACUGUAGAGAGACGGACAGUGUCAUAGUUUAAAAUGAAAAACAAACACAACAUGGCACUGAGGAUUUUGAGGAAUUGUUUUUUUGUACCAACAGUAGCUCUGGUUAUUUCAACUGUUUUCUGAGAUUUCUUGAUGGGUCAAAUCUUACUGACAGUUAUAUGAGGACUUGCUGAAGGACUUGUCCAAACUUUAUUAGAGGUUCUGCUGAAGGACUUGUUUGGUUGGGCUAUUGGCAGUGGAACAUUCUAUGUGGCUUAUUUUACUCGUAGCAAUGUAUACAACGAUUGCCUCCAAUUGCCUUUUAAUGCAUGGCCUGGUGAUAUCAUGUCCAGAGCAGAAAGCCAAUGUGCAUUAUGACUUGCAGUGUUGUGGCUCAGUAUAUUUGUCCUUGAAGGCAAUCGUAGUCAUUGGUGUAUCUUUCCAUAUUACAGCUCCUUUAAAAAAAUUAAAAAAAAGUGGGCAGUAGGAAAAUUGGAGUCUAUAAUUUUGAUUCAAAACUCUAUUGUAGUUUGGUAUUUUAUAUAUGAUAAUUCAGCUCUCUAAGAUCAUAAUUUGUAAUUAUGUUGUUUGUCAAAAUGAGGACAGUACACAAACUACUUUUUCUGAGAAAGGAUUUUUUUUUUCAACCCCGAUCCCCAAAGUCAAGAUGUAGGUCUAUUCAUAGUACCACUAACACCCCAAAAUGUGUGUGAAUAACACAACUGACACUUUAUUAUUCUCUUAUGACAGAGAUAUGGAAACUAUUGAAAGCACCUUAAAAGCUUCAGUAUAUCAAAGAGGGUUUACUGUGAAGACGUUUUUUAUUUGAUAAAUUCAUUAGAGCCAGUUGUCCGUGGAUCAAAUGUCUGCAAUCAGGGCUGGGUCCAGGCAUAAGCGACAUAAGCAGCCGCUUAAGGGCCUCCACGGACAGGGAUGCAUCAGGGACCCUUAAAAGACUCAAUGAAGGAGCUUUGCACUCUAAUGUAGAGCAGUGAAAUUUAUUUAAUACGGAUGGCCUCCCAUUUUGCUAAGGAUUUACAUAGAAUAUUAUAUUCAAAAAAAUAUAUCAUUUACACAAUCUUAUAUUUUAAUUGGAGAGAUUUUUAGAUCAGUCAAUGAAAUGUAUUUAUAAAGCCCUUUCUACAUCAGCAGUUAGAUAUUGAUAUUUGAGUUUUUCUUGCAAAGCAGCAUUGAGAUAAGGGUUCUAUAGGUGGAUUGUGGGAUGUCUUCUGGUGUCAUGAUCUCCCUGGGCCUUCUACUAUCGCCAUGACCCCUGAUGUCUUGACUCACCCCACUUACUCUAGUAUGUUCUCUCUGACAUUGCACACGUUUGUAUAUAAAUCUAUACAGUCUAACUGUUUCUACAUUGUUUUGCCGCAGGAACAAAAGCGAUAUGAUAAGAACAAUGUGGGCCAUGUGGAUGUUAGGUAUGGCUUUAAUUUGAAUAUACCUAUAUUGGUUUUAAUUGUAAUAAGAAUCAAUAUUAUUACAGUAAGUAUUGAGCAAGUAUGCCUAUUUUCCAAGAAAAGGAUGGCGUAAGUGAAAGAAUGUUCUUGAGAUAUAAUGUACUAAAGAUGCAACACUUUUGUAUAUGUAUUUAUCUUGUGUUCCCAUAGCUACGUAGUACAUAAUGGUUGUCAGUGAUGAGUGUUCAAUCACGUGGGAGGCAUAGUGAGGUCUGGUCCGGCUUGUGGAUUUCUGUCAAUUAAACAGCUUUUUGUUAACUUUCACAUAACCUUUGUCAAUCCCCCACAAUCCCAGUCUUAAGAAAUGAAAAUAAUUGUAGUUACAGGGAGACCUUUAGACAUUAUUUUGACAUUGUAGGAUACUUUGGUCCUCUCACAUUGAUUUGAAAACAAGACACCUGUAACAUGGAGGGGGUUGAAACAAAUGUGUGUGAAUUGCACUGUGUAACAUGCCGCUGUGUUGCAACGUGUGCUGCUACACAUAUAUGUAAACACACACACUGCCCUGGAGUGUUAUGGAGGCGCCCAGAUCCUUGUGUAGGACUUAACACUAGCUGUCAGGUUUGGCUUGUGUUACUUUGCUUCAGUACUGCAUUAUUGAGCUCAAUAGAUCUGCUUCUACCGCUAGCGCACACCCAAUGUGCAAGUAUACUAAUAGAAAACACCUCUUAAGAGCAUGCAGAAACAAAUGGGAUGUGUUAGGUAGACUUAUAUCAUUCGCAGAAUUUGUCAUUUACAGAAUCUCUUGUUUUUGUGUUUUUCAUUAAUUUUGAAUUUUAUUUUUUGGUUUGAAAGUGUUUAUUGUGGUUAAUUAGUGAUGUGAUUAUUAAACAUGAAAUAAAAAAGUUUUAAGACAUUG